AUGUCCGGCUCACAUCAAUAUUCGAAUGCUAACCGGCCACCGACUUCUGCGCCCCCUGCCCCAGAAUGGCGAGUUCCGGCUGCACCCCCGAGGCCAUCGCACGCAGGCGUUGCGAGUCCCCCACCACCACCGCCUCCAUCCUAUAACCCAAGCGCUCACGGUCCUAGCCAUGGAACGUCUCCAGGGUAUUCCGGCGCAAAUGCGUCGCCAGUGUCUGGUUUUCCUGGUGUCAACACAGCAACCUGGGGUGUGAAUUACAAUAGGCAGAAUCAUCUGCAGACUCCUCCCCCUCCUCCGUUACCACCUCGAACUUCAAGCGCUUCUGGACAACAGUCUGCUCAUUCCCCGAUAACGAGCUCCGCAUCCUACCAGCCUUCAAUAGCUGCCCCGAGCUAUGGGGGCCAAGUAUCGCAUGGGGACUAUUAUCAGCAGUGGACAUCGAACUCUCCCUAUAUUCCCCAGCAACCUCCUACCUCGUUGCCCCCUCCUCCUCCUCCCCCUCCACCGCCGCCUCCCCCGCCAGCCGUCGAUGCGUCCGCUUAUCAGAAUACUGCACCCCCAUUGUCUACGGCACCACAGGCUCAGCAGGCGUGGAAUCAACCGUCAGCGGCCUCCUAUCCGAACGCACCACCGAGUCAGUAUUAUCCUACAAGUACUGGUACUGGCCAACAAAGUCCUUCUCCGGCGCCUCCAAUCGUGCCUCAGGGCCAAUACCAACCUGCCGUCCCUAACCAAUCGAGCCCCCCGCCCUCAGUCCCUCCAGCACCUAGCUUCUACCAAAAGCUCAAUGCCAUUGCCCAACCGGCUGGUCCACCUCCUCCAGGAGCCACUAUGUCACAGUCCCCGUCCUCUGCCAAUUUACCAGCACCUCCACCACCUGUACCCCCGAAAGCUAGUCCUUUGAUGAUACCAACGGGAGCUUCCGCAUUGGGCGGUGGAGGGCCAUCUGAUUGGGAGCAUCUAUCUCCGGUUGUAGGUGACAUUGAUGAUACAUCUUCCUUCAAGCCAAGGAAAGACCCCCCAAGCCAUGGAUUGACUCCGAGCAAAGAGGCUGGAGACACGUCCAUGACUCCCAACAGCCACUCUCCAGCUCCGUCAUUUUCGAACCCGGAAUAUAUUCCAUCAAAGUCUGCGGAAACAUCUCAGUAUCAUUCGACGCACUCACCUGUCAGUCCAAGUUCUCGAGAGGAUUAUCAACCCCCCUCUCACCCUGUUAGGAUGGACAGCACUGGGUCAGAUUAUUCCUCAGUAUCGGCUGUUGCGAAUUCGGAAAACAUUGACGGCGUUAUUGAGGCAUGGAGUAACCCUGUUUCCACCGAUAAUCAGCUAUCGACAAUACACCCUAGUUCGAGAAUCGAACCAGAACGGACUUCGCCACACCUCACCCCAAGUCCCAUUCAAACCACUCCAGCGAUACAGCCGGAACCUCUAGCAUCUGGUAAGGAAACGCCAACUAACCCAACAAGCAGCGCCAAGGAGACUAUCAGUGAGCCUGCGCAAAAGUCGGAAUCUCCUCGACCACCAUCUAGGCAAGUAGAUCGCUAUGAGGAUCUUGAUUCAUGGUCGCAAUCCUCUCUUGAACGCUAUGUUGCAAUGCUGCGAAAGGAAGCCGUGGCGGACUCGACUGAAGAGCGUUUUAAGAUAUUCACAGCCUUCAUGUCUAAGGAGACAAAACUUCGUGAGAUCCUUUACAAUAUCGAGCAUGAUAGUGAGGCUGCUACGAAUACUCAGCAACCGAUUAUUGCGCAAACAAAGGAGUCCGAAGAAAGCAAACCUGCCGAGGAGAACAAGCCGCUCGAAGAGAAUAAGCCGAAACCUACGCCAGAUGAAUCCGGGUUGAUACCAGUGGAGUCUGAGGAGGGAUAUUUUGGACCAGCCAACGACCCAGACAAUGUGGAAGACGGUAGUUAUAGUCCUGGUGGACGCCCAAUACUUCCGCGGCUUCAUACCCCUCAGCCAGCAGCGAUUCAUAGGUCAGCAUCGAAUCCAGGAGGUCAUAAGUAUAGCGCGAGUCACGCUCUCGCAGGAAAUACGCCGCGUGCUACAUCAGUACCACCUACCAUGAUAAACGAGGAUCCUAAGAUGGCCUAUUCUCCUCUCACGACCAAUCCUCCGCAGCGGAUUUACACACCGUUCCGGUAUGCCGAGGGACCUCAAAGAGGCUCCGACAAGCUAUCGUUCGACCGUCCGGCAUAUCAAGCCUAUUCUGCUCUGCGACAGGCGUCUGCAGAAAGUGGGCGUGUUAUGGCGGACGCACCAGCGCAAACACCUUCUGAAGGCAACAGGGAAAGGUCUAACACUGCAUCGUCUAUCCAACACGAACACGAUGAGACUUUUGUCGGCUUAAUCAGAGAAAAAAGUGUCAACUAUCGGAAUAGGCCUCCACAGACUUCAACGCCGCCACCAUUACCGGCGUCUCUCCGACAAGGCAAGCAAUCUGGGCCGGUUGAAGAUUUACGCACAGUAACUUCAACGCCUAUCACUAAGCAGUCUGAAAGUCUGUGGCAUACUACGGUCAGGAAAGACUUGGAAAAGUUUCCUAACGAUUUCAGCUUCGUGCGCGAGACGUUUAAACCAUGGGAAGCGACGAGCAAGGGUCGCUGGGAGAAUCUAGAUAAAGAACGCAUCAAACGCCAAGAGGAGUCCGAAAGCCAUGUUGAUGCGCUGUUCAAUGGAAAGGAAAUCGGUUAUGCAGAUAUCAACAUUCUGGAAGAAGAAUUCCGCCAAACGGAAGCACGCAAUCAACUUGAGGAGGAGCGAGAGGAGCUCGAACAUUUUAUUACGAAUGUGUUUAAUGUAGUGGACCAGCGGCUAGAGGAGGAGAUAUCCGUUCUUCAAGUCCAUUAUGACUCCGCGCUGAGCCACCUUGACCGUGAGAACACCAACAAGGAAGAGGCCGCGGACAAACACAGUACAUCGCACACCAUGAAAAUUGUGAACGAGAUCCACACUAGGCUCGAGAUGAGGCACCACAAGCGUUUAGAAAUUGCCUUGGACCGUGAGCGUCGACGAAAGAAAGCCGAAAGACGACCUCUUGUUUUCAUGGGUGACUCUGCGGCAUUGAAGAAACUGGACCAUGACUUUGACCAGAUGGAGAAACAGAAUAUCCUGGAAGCUGCAAGGGGCCGCGAUGACCGUGUAAACAAGCUCAUGGACCUGUUUGACGAUGCUAUUAUGCGAGGAUUAGGCGAAAACCAGAGUGUCCUUGACGAGCUCCUAGCUAAAGUGACACGGGUGGACGAAGCCGCAAUCCGCUCGUCUGGGCUACCAGACACGGAGAUUGAGCAAGUGCUCAAAUCGGUGCACAGUCUGGUCGAGUACCUGCAAAAAGACUCAGAGUCUAUUCUCCACAGUUUCGGCGAGGCCGAUUCAGCCCUCAACAACGCAGACUACAACGUCUCCGUCGCUGAAGCCCGCUACUCUAACGCAGAACCCGGGGUAUUCCGUCAGCUCGAAGCAGAGAAGAAAAAGGAGGACACCAAGAUCCAAGAAAACCUUCGAACCAAGCUGCGGAGUGUCCGUGUCGGCCCUGCCAAGAUCACGGCUAGCAUCAACGACGCUCUGCGGACUAUAGGCAAAACGCCUUUCCCAGACCAACCGAUCCCCUCGGACGUCAUUCCGGCCAGUCAGCUUUACGACGUAUCGCUGCCCAACCCCGUACGACCUGCUAGUACGAUGCCAAUAGCAGCGAGGAAAAUGGAAAGUGACCCUGAACAUCGAGAGCGAUUGCGCAGGGCGUUGGAGGACGCGAAAAAACGGAAUGCGGCAAGGCAGCGCUCGUCGUCUACGGUUUCGAAGGAGUAA